CCUCGCGCUGUGCCAGCUGUCCUCGCACACACCGCAACCACCGCAACCCGGGAACGAGGGCCAAGAAGAAGGGAAGGAAAUAAACGGAGUUUGGCUGGCAACAUGGGGUCCAUGCGAAUUCUCAUUAAGGGAGGCAAAGUGGUCAAUGAUGACUUCACCCAUGAAGCAGAUGUUUACAUCGAGAAUGGCAUCAUUCAGCAGGUCGGGAAGGAGCUGAUGAUUCCGGGUGGAGCGAAGGUGAUCGACGCCUCCGGAAAGCUGGUGUUGCCCGGAGGAAUCGACACGUCUGUGCAUCUGCAGCAGACUUUCAUGAACGCCACCAUCCAGGAUGACUUCUACAGCGGAACCAAGGCAGCUCUGAUGGGCGGUACCACCAUGGUGAUGGCCCUGAUCCUGCCCGAGCAACACUGCUCCCUGGUGGAUGCCUACGAGAACUGCCGAGCUCUCGCUGAUGCAAAGGCGUGCUGCGACUAUGCUCUGCACGUCGGCGUGACCUGGUGGGGACCCAAGGUGCGGAAUGAGAUGGAGACCCUGGUAAGGGAACAUGGGGUGAACUCCUUCCAGAUGUUCAUGGCCUACAAGGACAUGAUGAUGCUGCGGGACUCUGAGCUGUACCAGGCUCUGCAGACCUGCAAGGACAUUGGAGCCAUCGCACGUGUCCACGCCGAGAACGGGGAGUUGGUGGCGGAGGGUGCUAAAGAGGCUCUGGACUUGGGUAUCAGUGGACCUGAAGGCAUUGAGGUCAGCCGUCCAGAAGAGCUGGAGUCAGAGGCUACACACAGAGCUGUCACCAUCGCCAACAGGGCGCACUGCCCCAUCUAUCUGGUGAAUGUGUCCAGUAUGGCUGCUGGAGAUAUGAUUGCUGCUGCCAAGAUGCAGGGUAAGGUGGUGCACGCAGAGACCACAGUCGCUCACGCAGUGUUAAACGGCAUGCAGUACUACCACCAGGACUGGGCUCACGCUGCCGCCCACGUCAUCGUCCCUCCUCUCCGCCUUGACCCCAACACCCCCGGCUACCUUAUGGGACUGUUGGGCAAUGACACUUUGAGCGUAGUGGCAUCCGAGCACCGUCCGUUUAGCACCAAGCAGAGGGCCUUGGGCAAGGAGGACUUCACCAAGAUCCCCCAUGGGGUCCCUGGAGUCCAAGAUAGGAUGAGCGUCAUCUGGGAGCGGGGGGUGGUUACAGGAAAGAUGGACGAGAAUCGCUUCGUGGCUGUGACAAGCGCUAACGCAGCAAAGAUCUACAACCUCUACCCACGCAAGGGUCGCAUCAUCCCCGGAGCAGACGCCGAUGUGGUCGUGUGGGAUCCAGACGCAACUAGGACCAUUUCUGUCGGCACGCAGGUGCAAGGAGGAGACUUCAACUUGUACGAGGGCAUGCGCUGCCACGGUGUUCCUCUGGUCACCAUCAGCCGAGGACGCUUGGUCUGCGAGAACGCGACAUUCAUGUGCGCCGAGGGCUCCGGAAAAUUCUACCCGCAGCGCACCUUCCCUGAUUACCUGUACAAGAAGAUGGUGCAGAGAGAAAAAGCUCAGGCGUACAAAGGGGUUGACAGGGAUCCCUACUCUGGUGAUGUAGUCAAAGUUACCAACGCCAUGAAGAAGGAGCUUGGUUUGAGCCCCAUUGAUGGAGACGCCUCUAACAAAGGCGUUGUAAGGGUGCAACAGGGGGUUCGAGACCUCCAUGAGAGCUCUUUUAGCCUCUCGGGGUCUCAGGUUGACGACCACAUCCCCAAGAGGUCCUCCGCUCGGAUCCUGGCCCCUCCAGGUGGCCGCUCCAGUGGAAUCUGGUAAACUGGCCCCCUGAAAUCAACCGUCCAAGCCUCCUUGUUUUGUAUAUUUCUGAACAACCGAGAAAACUGCACUGAUUUUAAAAAACAACUUUAACGGUAAAAGGGAAAUUGUUCUGUGAUUGGCAAAGACCGACCCAUCUGAUCAGUUAGCCAAAAUAUUUUUUACAAAUCUAGUUACAGUCUUCAUUCUGAAUUGAUCAAAUACACCAGACUGACAUUGCUAUGUCUAAAUUUAUUUCCCAAAUUUGGGCCGAACACGACUUACCGAUUAUUCAUUGUGAUGCUUGUCAGACAAAACAGGAAAUAAGACUGAAUGCUUGAAAAACAGUUGUUGUUUUUUAUUUUCAACUAUUUGAAGUGAUGUCGACUUAAAUAUAUAAAGCUAGUAGAACUGGAUUCAGUGAAACAUCCUCAUCACACACCAACAUUGACAUAGAAUAGAUAAAGUCACACAAGAUGUUACACAAGAUGAGUGAAGAAUUCCGUUGAUUCUAAAACCACCUACUGUGCUUAAUUCCUUGGCUGUUCCUCUGUUUUUCUGACGGAGGGACGGCGAUGUGUGGUGAUGACAUCCAACUGUUCAACAUACUGCGUCAUCUUUGCUGCUUCACUCUGUGAACAGUCCGACUGCCUCUUAGUGAGGAACCCACACCUCGCGAAUAUCCCAGUGUAUUCCCUAAAAGAAGAUAAUAGUAGAAUAGAUAGCAAUAUUCCAAAUUACACAUAAUUGGACUGAUACACAACGCAAGUCGGGAGUUGUUAGGACGUUCUCUCGGGGGAGAAAAAAAACUGUACUUAUGCCUCUAGGACUAGGUUAUAAUGUGGGGGGGGGGGGGGAGGCCAGCUAUUUCAAUAGCCAGAAGGUCAUUGGUUGUAAGUUGAGAAACUACACUAUGGUUCACGUCACUAAAUCACAUAAGAGGAGGCUCCACAGAGCAGGAAGAUUGAGCUGCACAUGAUUCUAAAGCACAGAUCCUUUCACCUUUUAAGCGUGUCAUUCCUUUCCAGCCGUGUUGUUUAUUCAUGAGCACAUUUUCUGUCUGUACUGUACAUUUAGAAUGCUUUCUUUUAGAUAAAAGAAUAUGUUGCCAACGUGAGUGAGUCACCCCUAUUAUUGUGCACACCAUGCAUGAAGAGAACCAGAUAGACAGAUGGCCACAGGUUCACAAGUGGUGCUUUUUCCUCUCCUUUUUUUUUUUUUUUUUUACAAUGGUAUAAAGAAUGUUAAUUUUAUUCUUGAAUGACUGUCGUGUAGAAGGCACUGUAAAUUGUCAGUGAGUGUGCGUUGUCGAGUUAGUGAAUUGUUUUGUUGGAAAGUGAACCUGUUGUGUUGAUAUAUGUACCGU